AUGGAAGACAGUGAUAUCCAAAUAGUUGAUGUCAGAGGUUCUCAUACAGACUACAUCAAACAGCAGGUGAACCAACAAACAAAACUGGGAGUAGAUGACCCACUAGCUAUCUAUGAUAUUGACGAGGUGGUGGAGAGGUACAGAAAAUGGUACAAGCUGCUUCCAAGGGUGGAACUAUUCUACGCUCUGAAGUGCAACAAUGAUAAGAACAUCGUGGAUAUCUUAGUAACACUGGGAAGCAGUUUUGACUGUGCCAGCAAGGGCGAGAUUCAACAGAUACUUGAAUUAGGAGUUGAUCCCUCUCGUAUCAUCUAUGCCAAUCCAAUUAAACAAAACACACAUCUUACCUAUGCCAAACAGCACAAUGUUGACCUGAUGACCUUUGACAGUGAAGAGGAAUUGAUCAAGAUCAAGUUAUUACAUGGAUCCGCAAGAUUGCUGUUACGAUUUCGACCAACACAAAAAUAUGAAGCGCAUUAUGAUUUGGGACAGAAAUUCGGUUGCAAUUUCAAUGAAGCAAGGGACUUACUCAUAUCUGCAAAAGAAAUAGGCUUAGAAAUCAUUGGUGUGAGUUUCCAUGUUGGAAGUGACUGUCUCAGUACAGAAGCUUUUUCAUCGUCGAUCAAGGAAGCAAGGAAAAUAUUUGAUAUAGGACUACAGGUCGGCUGUGCCAUGAAGAUCCUCGACAUUGGAGGAGGAUACCGGGGAAGAGAUGUUGAAAGCCCGACUAUUGAAGAGAAUGCAGACAUCAUUAACCAGUGUCUGGAGGAGUAUUUCCCGGAAACAGAGGGGGUGAAAAUUAUCGCUGAGCCAGGACGCUACCUUGUGACAUCUGCUGCUAGUAUUGCAGCACAUAUUAUAGGGCGAAAGCUUGUUUAUAACAAAGAUAGAACUAAUAUUGAGCACGUUAUGUACUACAUCAAUGAAGGAAAGUAUGGAUCGUUUUGUCGGUUAGUUGCAAUCAAUGAUGAAUUUGAAAUGUCACCGGUUACUCAACAGGAUGACACAAGAAGAUAUAACAGUACCGUUUGGGGUCCAACUUGUGCUGGGUCGGAUUGUCUAACGUCUGAGAUAUCUUUACCACUGAUGGAGGUCGGAGAAUGCCUGCAAAUACCUUACACCGGAGCUUAUACAUUCAGUCGCUCAACUAACUUUAAUAGCAUGCCACGACCAAAAUUCUUUUACUUCUGCUCACGUGACAUUUGGUGCCAUGUGGUGGAAAUGCGGACACAACUCAGUCAUCAGAUUAUGAUGAACGCUGAAAACCUAAGAAAUGUCUUCUGA